UCCCGGCCCGUUCCAGGCAAGGACUUUAGCGCUUGCUAGGCCGCUGGACCCGGGGAAUAUUUCUCAGGGACUAAACCAGAGUAAUUUGGGAUAGGAAAUGUCCAGUGAUACUUAGUAAACUUAUUUGCCUUAGUGGUUAGGAAAUAAACUAGAUGAAGAAACUGUUACUGCACACACAAAAUGACCUGGAGUACAUUAAGGAGAAUGGCGUGGACAUCUUUGUUUUGUAGGUGGGAUGGCAAUCACUAGGGUGUGCAGCACACUGGUCACCAGGGGGCAGCAUUUAUUAGCAUUCGGUUCUCCCAAGGUUCGUCAAAUCUCCAGGAGUUGAAGGAAGCCAUCUCUCAUGCAGUUGUUCCUGUAGAUUGACCUCGUGUCAAGGUUUGAGAAAUAAAUCUGAGAAUCCUGUUUUUUGUUGUUGCAUUACAUCUGUAAUGCGUGGUUGAAGCGGGAAGGAAGACUUGUUCCCUGGGUAGCAAUUGCCAGUUGGUCUAGGGAACGACUCCCGUCAUCUCUGUACCAAAUCGUGAGCUUUUCAAAUCUCCCAUUUCACGAGUGGCUGCCAUACACUACAAGUACAUGCCUGCAUUGUCAUCUGACUGUACCAGGCCCGUCUACCGCAAAGUUAACUCUAGCCAACAUGUCAUCUUGGGAUCCCAAAGGUUUGUGUAAGGGGACAGACUACUAUGGUCUGAAUGUCUCAGGUCCGAGUCUUCCAGGUUAGACUAAUUUCUGAUAAGAUUUAGUUUCUUUAAUAACUUUUGAGAGUCCAGGGGUUCCUAGAAAAUAAAUUGCAAAGUGGCAGUAAGAUACCACUCCUCGCACAAGGUUGGGAAAACAAUUUAGCGCCAGCAAGCUUGAGGGUGGCUUAAAUAACAGUCCCAGGGUGAAGAAUUCACAAAUUUUGACGUAAGCGAGGAAGGCAUCUGGAGUAACAAAUCCUGUUUGACCGGAUAUGAGAACAUGUGGAGGGAUGCUGGUUGUCGACGAAACCGUGAAGCAAAUAGAUAGCGUAGGUGUGUUGGCUGUCUUUCCUGCAACUUGACGAGCACACCCCCACACCCCAGCCAUUCCUUGUAUUGGAUGGAUCAGGUAGCGAGUGCAAAACGCUGUUCCUCGCGUUUGGAGUGAGUGGGUCGACGGCGCGCUGAAAAUAUUGCAGAUCUUGGAAGUACUCAAACGGUGCAGGGACGAGGGCAGAGCUUUUUGCCUCACCGCGACUUUAUGUAAUCCAACCAGAACUUAAGUUUGAUCUGCGGUCCUCCGCGGCUGUGAAAUGCCAACCUUGGCUCCCGGGAGGCGUGGCUAGCGUCCUGGGGCUUCGGGAGGCGCAGUUCCCUGGGACAACAGUCCUGGCAAUACCAUAAAAGGCUUGAUUGCCUUAUCCUGGAGCCAAGCUCCGUGGGCCACAAUUCCUACAGACCAUAAUUGUGUGGAAUCCUUGGUUCCCGAGUCCUAAGUCCUCUGCUUCCUUGCCUGUCCGAUGACUCCGCCCUCCGAUAGCCUGGCCUGUCCACCCUGGUAACGCCCACCUGGCUGUGGGCCGCCCCGUCUCGUGGGCUCCGCCCACCCAGCCCCUAGCUCGGCCCAGCCGGCAGUUCGCGUUUUGAGCCGCUCGUGCCACCAUAGCUGCGGCUGCCGCUAUCGCGGAGGAGGCGAAAUCGCUGAGCGCGAUGCCUGAGGGCGCAGUGAGCGGGGAGCCCCUCGCGCUCCGGGGCUGGCAAGGGCUUAUUGGAAGGUCCUGUGGAGUGAGAGGGCAGUGCCAAUGUUGAGACACGACCAGAGGGCUCCUCACCGUGAUGGCUGUGGAAGGAUCGACCAUUACCAGCCGGAUCAAGAACCUGCUGCGCUCUCCCUCCAUCAAACUGCGCAGGAGUAAGGCAGGAAACCGGCGGGAGGACCUCGGCUCCAAGGUGACCUUGGAGAAGGUUCUGGGAAUAACAGUGUCUGGAGGCCAAGGACUUGCCUGUGACCCCCGAUCAGGUUUAGUUGCCUAUCCAGCUGGAUGUGUGGUCGUGUUAUUCAAUCCCCGGAAACACAAGCAGCACCACAUCCUUAACAGUUCCAGGAAAACCAUCACAGCCCUUGCCUUCUCCCCUGAUGGCAAGUACUUGGUCACUGGUGAGAGUGGGCACAUGCCCGCCGUGCGGGUGUGGGACGUGGCCGAGCACAGCCAGGUGGCAGAGCUGCAGGAGCACAAGUAUGGGGUGGCUUGUGUGGCUUUCUCCCCGAGCGCCAAGUACAUUGUCUCUGUAGGCUACCAGCAUGACAUGAUCGUCAACGUCUGGGCCUGGAAGAAAAACAUUGUGGUGGCAUCUAACAAGGUAUCCAGUCGGGUGACAGCAGUGUCCUUCUCUGAAGACUGUAGCUACUUUGUCACUGCAGGCAACCGGCACAUCAAAUUCUGGUACCUGGAUGACAGCAAGACCUCAAAGGUUAAUGCCACCGUGCCCCUGCUGGGCCGCUCGGGGCUGCUGGGGGAGCUCCGGAACAACCUGUUCACUGACGUGGCCUGUGGCCGAGGGAAGAAGGCAGACAGCACCUUCUGCAUUACAUCUUCAGGGCUGCUGUGCGAAUUCAGUGACCGCAGGCUUUUGGACAAAUGGGUGGAGCUGAGAAACACAGACAGCUUCACAACCACGGUGGCCCACUGCAUCUCUGUGAGCCAAGACUACAUCUUCUGUGGCUGCGCCGAUGGCACCAUACGGCUCUUCAACCCUUCCAACCUACACUUCCUCAGCACCCUGCCCCGACCGCAUGCCCUGGGCACAGACAUUGCCAGCGUCACUGAGGCCAGUCGCCUCUUCUCUGGUGUGGCCAAUGCCAGGUAUCCAGACACCAUCGCCUUGACCUUUGAUCCAACCAAUCAAUGGCUGUCCUGUGUGUACAACGACCACAGCAUUUAUGUUUGGGAUGUAAAGGACCCCAAGAAAGUGGGCAAGGUGUACUCAGCCUUGUACCAUUCCUCCUGCGUCUGGAGUGUGGAGGUCUACCCUGAGGUGAAGGACAGUAACCAGGCCUGCCUGCCCCCUAGUUCCUUUAUUACCUGUUCCUCUGACAACACCAUCCGCUUGUGGAACAUGGAGAGCUCCGGUGUGCACGGCUCCACCCUGCACCGAAACAUCCUCAGCAACGACCUCAUUAAGAUCAUCUACGUGGACGGGAACACGCAGGCCCUGCUGGACACUGAGCUGCCUGGAGGAGACAAAGCCGAUGGGUCCCUGAUGGAUCCCCGAGUGGGCAUCCGCUCUGUGUGCAUCAGCCCCAAUGGACAGCAUCUGGCUUCAGGGGACCGGAUGGGUACCCUCAGGGUGCAUGAGCUUCAGUCCUUGAGUGAGAUGCUGAAGGUGGAGGCCCAUGACUCAGAGAUUCUGUGCCUCGAGUAUUCUAAGCCCGACACAGGUCUGAAGCUGCUGGCGUCGGCGAGCCGGGACCGGCUGAUCCACGUGCUGGACGCUGGGCGGGAGUACAGCCUACAGCAGACGCUGGACGAGCACUCCUCCUCCAUCACCGCUGUCAAGUUUGCAGCCAGCGAUGGGCAAGUCCGCAUGAUCAGCUGUGGAGCAGACAAGAGCAUCUACUUCCGCACUGCACAGAAGUCUGGAGAUGGUGUGCAGUUUACACGGACGCACCACGUGGUGCGGAAGACGACCCUCUAUGACAUGGAUGUGGAGCCCAGCUGGAAGUACACGGCCAUUGGCUGCCAGGAUCGAAACAUUCGGAUCUUUAACAUCAGCAGUGGGAAGCAAAAGAAAUUGUUUAAAGGGUCCCAGGGUGAGGAUGGCACCCUUAUUAAGGUGCAGACAGACCCCUCGGGGAUCUACAUUGCCACCAGCUGUUCUGACAAGAACCUUUCCAUUUUUGACUUCUCUUCAGGCGAGUGUGUAGCCACUAUGUUUGGCCACUCAGAGAUUGUCACGGGCAUGAAGUUUAGUAAUGACUGCAAACACCUCAUCUCCGUGUCAGGGGAUAGCUGCAUAUUUGUCUGGCGCCUGAGCUCUGAAAUGACCAUCAGCAUGAGGCAGCGUCUGGCCGAGCUACGCCAGCGCCAGCGAGGGGGCAAGCAGCCGGGCCCCUCUUCUCCCCAGAGGGCUUCUGGAUCUAAGCGGUGUGAGGCCCCAUCAAUGCUUUCAACUGGACCAGCUCUCUCAUCAGACAGCGACAAGGAGGGAGAGGAUGAGGGUAAUGAGGAAGAAGAACUCCCAGCUCUGCCCACACUUUCAAAGAUGACCAAGAAGGAGCCAGCUGCAAGCCCCAGCGCAGCCCUGCCCCGAAGCCUGUCUCAUUGGGAGAUGAGUCGGGUACAGGAGCCAGUGGAAUUCCUGGAUCCAGCUCCUGCAGCCAACCCAGGACCCAGGAGAAGGGGGCGCUGGGCUCAGCCAGGUGUGGAGCUGAGUGUCCACUCCAUGUUGGACUUGCGGCAGCUGGAGACACUGGCCCCAAGCCCUCGGACCCCCAGCCAGGACUCGCUGGCCACAAGCCUUUCUGGUCCUGGGAAGAAUGAUCGAAGAGACUGUGAGACCUCACAUGCCAGCCAGAGUGAAAAGACCGCUCGGUCACAGGUUUCCCAACCCUGUUCCUGCCCCCACAUUAUCCGAUUGUUGUCACAAGAGGAAGGGGUCUUUGCCCAAGAUCUGGAACCUGCACCCAUUGAAGAUGGUGUUGUCUACCCAGAGCCGAGUGAUGGCCCCACCAUGGAUACCAGUGAGUUCCAGGUGCAAGCUCCAGCCCGAGGAACCCUGGGAAGAGUGUACUUGGGCAGCAGGGGCUCAGAGAAGCACAGUCCCGACAGCGCCUGUUCAAUGGAUUACAGCGGCAGCCGCCUCUCCAGCCCCGAGCACCCCAAUGAAGACUCCGAGAGCACGGAGCCCCUGAGUGUGGAUGGCAUCUCCUCAGACCUUGAAGAGCCAGCUGAGGGUGAUGAAGAGGAGGAGGAAGAGGAGGGCGGCACGGGCCUGUACGGGUUGCAGGAAGGCAGCCCCCAUACACCGGACCAGGAGCAGUUUCUGAAACAACACUUUGAAACUCUGGCAAAUGGGGCUGCUCCAGGGGCCCCAGUUCGGGUGCCAGAGAGGACAGAGUCUCGGAGCAUCUCUUCUCGAUUCCUGUCGCAGGUGCAGAGUCCUCCACUCAGGGAACUAUCCUCCUCCUCAAACCCAGCACUGACGUCAAGACCAGUCCAGGUGCCACAGGCAUCAAGCAAGCAGCUGAGAGGCAGUGGGGCCAAUCCCCCUGGAGCACCUCCAGAUGUGGAGCCCUCCCCUGGCAACCCUCGCCCUGAGCAGGCCGUGCCUGUGCUGCUGCCACGACGCCGUCAUAACCUUGACAGCAGCCGGGCCCCCAAGAGAGCAGCUGCAGCUGGCUCCUUACCUGGCCUCCAGAAAGCCCAGUCUGUGCACAGUCUGGUGCCACAGGAUGAGGCCCCUUCUUCAUCAGGUCCAUUGCUGUCACGGGAGAUCGAGACCCAAAAUGGACUGGGCUCCCUGCCCCAGGCUGAUGGCCGUCCAUCUCGGCCCUGCUCCUACCAGAACCCUACCACCAGUUCCACAGCCAAGAUAGCCCGCAGUGUCUCUGUCGGGGAGAACUUGGGCCUGGUGGCCGAACCUCAAGCCCCUGCCCCGAGCCGAGCUGCACCACUCAGCAAACUGGCCCUGCCCAGCCGGGCUCACCUGGUCCUGGACAUCCCCAAACCGCUGCCGGACCGCCCUACCCUGGCUGCAUUUUCUCCUGUAACCAAGGGCCGGGUCCGUGGUGAGACAGAGCCACUUGGUUCUUCAGCCGUUGUAGGGAAAGCUCACAGUGCAUCUGAGAGGCGGGCCUGUUUGGGGGAGAGUGCUACUCCCAAGCCCAGGACAGAGUACCAGGCUCAUUCUGGGCCCAACAGCCCCCGCGCCCAGCAACUGCCAGCCAGCAUCCUCCUUCGAGGCCCCGAGAACUCGCAAUCCCCAACCCCCGAAGAGACUCCCAGCCCCAUGGAAUACACCAGGCCAGGGGCAGCCCUAAGCCAGGACUCAGACCCCGUGCUGAGCCUGCAGCAGUGUGAGCAGCUUGUGGCAGAGCUCCGUGGCAGUGUGCGCCAGGCUGUGCGGCUCUACCACUUGGUGGCUGGUUGCAGGACGCCCUCGGCAGAGCAGAGCCGCAUCGCCCAGCUCCUCCGAGACGCCUUCUCCUCUGUGCGGCAGGAACUAGAGGCCCUGGCUGGUGCCACGCUGCCUAGCCCCAGUGGGAGCCCCGGGGCCGUCGGGGCUGAACAAACGCAGGCCCUGCUGGAGCAGUACUCAGAGCUAUUGCUCCGAGCCGUGGAGCGGCGCAUGGAACGCAAGCUCUGAGUUCCAGAAGUCUGUCCCCUGUGAAUGCUGCCCCUGCUCUGGACUGUGGCCCCUCCUCCACUCAACAGACGUGGGGAUGUCUGAGUUGGUGGCACGAGGCAGUGCCUGGAGGCGAGGCGGCUCUCCCAGCCGUUCAUGGUGCGGUGCCGUAUUUAUUAAUUUAUUUCCCUGACUGUUGCCUCACUUCCAAGGAGCUCCUGCCUCCACAGCCCACCCAGGGGCACAUGGCAGGGGUUGAUCUUGGGUCUUCGUCACCUUGGUGCUGUGAGGGCUGGGAGGGCAGCUUGCCCCAUCUGGGCACACUGGGAAGGGCCACCCUCUCUUCUUAGAAGCCAUUUGAAACUACUUCAGGGAUCAGCAGACACAGGGUACUCCGUGGGGUAGAGGGGAGAGGGUGUGCAGUACCCUUUGGCCAACUGCAUACCUUCACUUCUCUCUCCCCUUCCCCUCCCACACCAGCUGCACUCCCCGGGAGCAGGGGAGGUUUGCCCCACCUCCUCGCCCUCCAGGGUGACCCCAGCCAUCAGGAGACUUGAGUUGGCAUCAGGACCUGAGGCUCCACAUUCCACUCCCUUUCUCCCUCGGACAGGACCUGUCUCCAGCCCUGUGCCCCAACCCCUUUCUUCUGGCCAGAACUUGGGGAGCCGGCUGUGGGACAUUGCUGCAGGACAGUAAAUCCCUCUGCUGGGCAAACCUGAAGCCCUGGCCUCCUUCGCUCAGUCCCUUGGUCUUCCCUAACCUCCGACCCUGGCCCACUGGCAGGCUGCUGGGGCCCCCCCAACACCGCCUUGCCCCUGCAUCCUGAGUGAUGCUGUCACAAACCUGUGUUGGAAUUUCCCUCUUGGUUUCCUGAGCACCAGACCACCUUCUGAGGACCUUGGCCACCAAUGCAGUCACACAUGCACAGAGCUGGGUCUUUGUUGUCUGAGGCACCUGGCUGGCUGAAGUGUGCCCAGCUUCCUCUCACUCCUACCCCAGGCUCACCAGCCCCGUUCCUGUGGAAACGCCUCACACGGAACACAGGAAGUUACAGAACACAUUAGUUCUGGAUUUCGGGUGUCCCCAGCCCUGCUGAUAAGAGAUGGCUAUAGGACAAAAGGUGCAGGCAGGAAGAGCCUCCUUGAAGGAGUGCUGGGCGCCCCCACGUGUGCUCGGAAUGUGGAGGCUGGUGGGAGGGAGAUGCAGUGGCCAAGAGACACACUAAACAGGCGGUGGGAGGGACAGGUAAGUGGCAGGCGUGAGAGGGUAGACUAGAACUACAGAAGCAGUUGUUAGGUGCAAGAGGAGGAGAUGGAGCACAGCAGGUAGGAACAGUAGGACCAAGCAGGCAGUAAUUGGAGUUGGGCAAAGCACCUGUGUCUCUGGGCCCUCCUGCCUCCCUCCACCCCCAGGUAAGUUGGGGCACCCUUACCACAGCUUCAGGCGAAGCUUGCUCCCCCACCGUGCUGGAUCAGCUGGCAGGGAUUGAUGGUGGAAUUGGGUUUUGAAGGGUUUCCAGCUGUGCUCCAUCAGCCCCGUGCCCUGGGUAGAGCCCAACCUGCCCGCCCCACACUCCUCCAUCACCUCCACCUGCACGCCGGACGGCGGUGAAACCCUGGGCCGGAAAUGCGGCAUCUGCGCAUCCGGCCUCUGCUUCCCGCAGGGUCCGGGCCUGGCCCUCUGGUCCAGGUUCUCCGCCGUCCUCAGCCAGCCUGUCCUUCGCCAGGGGGACACUACAUUCCUGCUAAGGUGCGUGAGAAGGUGGCCGCCUUUCCCUCCCCUCUGCCCCGCGUGCCGGCCGCAGGUCUGUGGCCGGGCCGGCGCUCCCUCCGGUUCUGCAUGUCUGAGGCCACUGGCAGCCGCCGACCCCGUUUUGAAAGCCCCGUUAUUUAUAACUUUUAUACUUUGUCCAGACCCCGGCUGCGCGGGGUGAGGCUGAUUUUAACGUGUC